AUGUUUGAUUUCAAAAUCAAUAAACAUGACAUUUUGGCUUCCGAUAUCUGGGAAGUGGAUGAAAGAGUGACUGUUGAAAGCUCUUCCGAGUAUAAAGCAGCGAACUUGGAUUUCUAUCAAAAGUUUGCAAAAAUUGAGAGUCUUACAAGCCAGCCUCUGAGGAUCAUUGAGCCGCUGAAUGUUGAAUCUACAAUUCGGAAGCUUCAGGAAGCUAAAGCGAAAGGCUAUGAGUCCGUUGCAUUUUCUUUUUUGCAUUCUUAUUUGUAUCCUAAGCAUGAACAGGAAGCUGCAAAAAUUGCAGAAAGCCUUGGUUUCAAAAACAUCGUGCUGUCUUCUCAGAUCUCUGCUUUACCUGGAUUUGUUAGCCGGACACAGUCGUCCGUUGCCGACGCAUAUGUCACUCCGGUAAUGAAAGAUUAUAUCAGGACUUUCACGUGUGGUUUUGUUUCUGGUACUUUUGAUCGAGUCAAAUGUCAGAUUAUGCAAUCUGAUGGAGGUCUGAUCAGCUUUGAAAAAAUCAAUGGAUUGCGUUCCCUACUCUCUGGCCCUGCUGGGGGUGUAAUUGGCUAUAGCAAAAGCACAUUCAGCUCUGAAACCCCGUUGAUUGGCUUUGACAUGGGCGGAACAUCCACGGAUGUCUCAAGAUAUGAUGGUAAGCUGGAGCAUGUUUUCGAGACUGUCACCGCAGGGGUAUCAAUCAGGACACCUCAAUUGGACAUCAACACGGUGGCCGCUGGUGGUGGAUCAAUACUAGAAUGGAAAAACGGUUUAUUCACUGUAGGGCCAAAAUCAGCUUCUUCCCAUCCUGGACCUGCCUGCUACAGAAAAAAUGGACCACUGACAGUGACAGAUGCUAAUCUUGUUACGGGGAGACUCAUCAAAGAAUUCUUUCCCAAAGCUUUCGGUCCCAAUGAAGAUGAGCCUUUAGACUAUGACAGUGCGCUGAAGAAAUUUGAAGAGCUGACCAAAGAGAUCAAUGAAAGUACAGGUAAGAGUUUUACCGUAUUUGAUGUCGCGGAGGGAUUUCUAAAGGUUGCAAAUGUAUCAAUGUCAAGACCUAUUAAACAACUGACCGAAUCAAAGGGACAUAAAGCUUCAGGCCACGUUUUAUGUUCGUUUGGCGGGGCUGGAGGUCAACAUGCUUGCCAUAUUGCCCAGAGUCUAGGUAUUACCAAAGUCUGCAUACACAAGCAUUCUUCCCUGCUAUCUGCCUAUGGAAUAUCGGUGGCCGAUAGUGUGGUUGAAAAGCAAUUGCCGUGCUCAAAAGUUUUCACGGAAGAGACCAGCUCUACUAUAUUUCACAGUCUCUUGGAACUCCAAAAAGAAACUGAGAAUGAUCUUGAUGAAUAUGGUAAGACUCUUGAAUCAAAAUUGUUUCUGAAUUUAAAAUAUAAGGGUAGCAAUACCGCAUUAAUGAUUGAGUGGAAUGGCGCAAAUGAUGUCAUUUCCGAGUUUGAGAAGCAGCACUUUAAAGAGUUUGGUCUCAAAUCUGAUCGUGAAGUUGUUGUUGAGAGUCUUCGGGUAAGAUCCACAGCCAGCGGAAUUGCUGGCAAGAUUACAUAUCCUUUGGAGGAAGAAAGGACUACGCAUUUCAUUAAUACACGAGCAAAAGCUAUAAAGGUUCAAAAAAGCUACUUUGACUCAAAAUUUGUUGAUUGUCCUGUCUACGUCUUAGAAGAUUUACAGCGCGGUGAUUUGAUACCUGGGCCAGCUUUCAUUGUCAACGACAUACAAACUUUGGUUAUUAUCCCCAAUGCAACGGCAAAAGUCCUUACAACUUCUAUCCUUAUAGAUGUACCAAGGCUUGAAACUCAGUCGACCAAACUGAAAGUGGAUCCCAUCGAGCUGUCUGUUUUUAAUCACCGAUUCAUGAGUAUUGCAGAGCAAAUGGGAAGAUCAUUGCAGCGUUCUAGUAUCAGCACAAAUAUCAAAGAGCGUUUGGAUUUUACAUGUUCUGUGUUUUCUGCUAGCGGUGGGUUAGUGGCCAAUGCCCCCCAUGUUCCCGCAAUGAUAGGUUCCAUGGCAUAUGCUGUCAAAUGGCAGAUUGAUCAUUGGGGCAAUAAUAUUCAUCCUGGGGACGUUAUUAUUUCCAAUUCCCCAAUAGCUGGUGGCACGCACUUACCUGAUAUUACCUUGAUGACACCGGUCUUUGACGAAGACGGGAGUCGUAUUAUAUUCUGGACGGCGUCAAGAGGCCACCACGCCGACAUUGGCGGAAUUCUCCCUGGAUCGAUGCCACCUAACUCAACCCAGCUUUGGCAAGAAGGCGCCAUUUUCAAGGCAGUCAAGGUGAUCAGAGACGGAGAGUUUGACGAACAGACAAUACGAGAGUAUUUAUACGACCAGCCUUCCAGCAUACCAGGCAAUCAUGGAACUAGAACCCUCGGUGACAACAUUUGUGACAUUAAGGCACAGAUAGCCGCAAAUGCAAAAGGAACUUCGCUCAUUAAAGCUCUCAUGAAUGAGUAUGGGAUGGACGUUGUUCAUCUUUACAUGAACGAAAUCCAAUCCGCCUCGGAGCUAGCCAUCAGAAACUUGCUGAAAGAUAUUAGUAAGAGGUAUGAUACAUCACACUUAGAAGCAGAAGACAGAAUGGACGAUGGCACUGUCAUCCAUCUUGCCAUUGAUAUCGAUACUGAAAGUGGGUCUGCUAUUUUUGAUUUUACCGGAACAGGCUCACAGGUGAAUGGUAAUUGGAACGCUCCAAUAGCUGUCACACAGUCAUCAAUUAUAUUUGCUUUACGCUGUAUGGUCGAAGGCGAUAUACCUCUUAAUCAAGGGUGUCUUGCUCCUAUUAGCAUAAAUGUUCCUCAAGGAACUCUUUUACGUCCUGACGAAGAGGUUGCAGUAUGUGCUGGGAACGGACUGACAUCACAGCGUAUUGUUGACGUCAUUUUCCGGGCAUUUGAGUACGCAGCUGCCUGUGGUGGUGACAUGUCAAACUUUACUAUUGGAGUCGAUGGGCCUGACGGGUUUGGCUACUAUGAGACAGUGUGCAAUGGAAGUGGUGCAGGACCCGGCUGGCACGGAGUCGAUGCAGUACAAACAAAUAUGACAAAUACCAAGAUCACAGAUGCAGAGAGUUAUGAGCAGAGAUAUCCGGUCGUUUUGAGAAGGUUUGGUAUCCGUGAAGGUAGUGGAGGAGCAGGCAACUUUCAAGGUGGAAAUGGGGCAGUGCGCGAAAUCGAAGCCACUACUCCGCUGGUCGCUUGUAUUCUUUCUGAACGAAGAGUUUUUGCGCCUUAUGGGCUUGCUGGGGGUUCCCAGGGAAAACGAGGAGAGACCGUGGUGAAGAGAGUUAAUGGUAGCAUUAUCAAUCUCGGAGGAAAAAGUUCCAUUUCCGUGGCCCCUGGGGAUAGAAUUAUUAUCAGGACCCCUGGAGGAGGAGGAUAUGGCAGUGGUAGCAACGCAGAGUUAGUCCCUACCAAUGACAAGUAUCAGUUCCAACCAAGAGCAAAUGGGACAAUUGAAAUAAUGAGGGAAUUAGCGGAAACGAACUGA